UAAUAAAGGCAACAUCGCCAACUAAACGAGGUUAGAAAGUAACCAGUCAAACGAAAUUCAAAAACAUUGCAUAAAAGAUGUGAGAGAGUUCGGGGAUGAAUUGAGCUCCUUUAUCUUACUGGAAUGGCCCUGCUUCAGCUCACUCUGGCAAUUAUCAAGCCCCAUAUAAUAAAAAACCCGACCUCCUUGAAGGGCAUCCAAAAUGUAAUCCUGAAGUCCAGCUUCAAAGUAGUCAGAUCCAAAAGGAAACCGAUCUCACUGGAAGAAGCUCAGUAUUUCUACGAGGAGCACAAGCACAAGUUUUUUUACAACAGAUUAGUGACCUUUAUGACUAGUGGAGCGUCAGACUUGUACAUACUAGCCAAGGAAAACGCCAUUAAAGACUGGAGAAGCCUGAUGGGGCCCACGAAGGUGUACAGGUCUCAGUUUGAGGCUCCUGAUACCAUCAGAGGCAAAUACGGCCUGUCGGACACCCGGAAUGCCACACACGGCUCAGAUUCGCCGGAAACAGCUCGAAGGGAGAUCGGGGUGUUUUUUCCAGAAUUUGACUACGACAAAUGGUUCAGGGAGGAAGAGGCAAAAUUUCGCUGCUCCCAGCUAAAGUUUUCAUCCGAUGAAUUUGUGCAUUCAGUUGACUCUCAUUAGAUCGACCAAAGUGACUCAAUAAA